AUGUCUGGUUUCAAUCCUUUUCGCGCUAGAAAUCCUGACGGCAGCUCCGCUGGUGCCACGGCAGCACUCCCAAUCUCUGACAAUGCGUCGCUAGAGCUAUUCUCCAAACCGGCUCCCUCGGUGCCUACCCAGCUGCCCAACGGUUACCCCAAAGAUCCCGCAAUGUCGCUAGAGCUCGAAACCGAUGACUCGACCUCAUCCGACGAACAGACCGCAAAUCCAUUCAGUGCCGACUCUUCCGUGAGCGACAAUGACAACGAUCCCGGCCACGAUGAAAAUCCCCAGCGGGGAAGCUCCACGAGCUCGGCGCUCCAUGAUCGCCCGCGAGAAUUCUUUGGGUCAUCUCCACACCCAGCUCCAUCCGCCGAUGGGUCGACGGCCACGCCAUCAUCCAAUUUGCCAUUUGUACCUGCGACACACACGAUGCGGUCAGAAUCAGACACUGGACUGGGUUCGGGCACAAGCACACCGCAAGAAAUCGUCCCACUGCCGGUGACUCGGGAUGCGCUCCAGUCACACACAUCUCGAUCUCCACCGGAGCUAGGCAUCAGUACAUCGCCGUCAAGUCGGUCCAACAAAGAAAAGAAGCCACCACCUCCCCCGCGAAGCCACCACGGCAAACGAAUUAAUACAACUACGAAUACUACGGCCAAUGUCGCGUCUUCGUCUUCCCAUACCUCACCACCACGAUCUACUAACCGGCUCUCACACCAUGCCUCCUCUCCAGAGAGCCAGAUAUCUGCUCACCGGUCCGGCAUUCCCAAUGCCAACUCUGCAAACCAGGCUCCAGGAUCAGACUACUUCUCAGUCUCUUCCGAAGACCAACAGCGCUCACGUGCACCAAACUUGGCUUAUCCAACCGAGUCCAUCCACCGCAGUGCUUCUCAACACUCCCAGCAUAAACGUCCACCUACGCCUCCUCUCAGCCGUCGACAUAGUCAGAUGCGACGGUCCAAGUCCACACAGUCCAAGUCAAGCGUCAGCCGUCUGACCACGUCCUCGCGUGAUUCCGAGAGCACCGACAGCUCCGAACCCCCCAGCCCAGGCCCCUCUACCCGUUCCAUGGCCUCGUCUAUCUCAGAUCGCAAGCGUCUCAGUAUGCCGCCGCCUUCCUCUAGGUCUAGGGAGAGCGAAGUAGAGCCACGCGCUGCUCCAGGGUCAUCACUCUCGCCAGAGUCUCUCUCACCACCCCCAACAACCACCCGAUCAAAUCCACCUCCGCCAGGUCGCCGCGCCUCUUCGCACGGCAGUGUAUUGACCGUCAGUUCACUCUCCUCUGCUGCACCUCCUCCUCCGCCACCUCCGCGCCGCGCGCGAGACUCUAGCUCCCGUAGCAGCGAAGGACGGCCGGUGUCGCAGGUAAUAGGGGUGGAGGAAGUACCCUUGCCACAGCCGUCUAACGCUCAAGAUAUCUUGGCUGAUCUGUCGCGGCUGCAGAAGGAGGUGGAUGAUCUGCGUGGUCAUUAUGAAGGCCGCAAAGUUAGUCAAUGA